GGGGCGGGGCCACGGCGGCGGCGGCGGCGGCCGGGCCCAGGCGCAGCCCCCGGCACCAUGUGGCCCGUGCUGUGGGCGGCCGUGCGCUCCAAGGCCCCGUACGUCACGUUCCCGGUGGCCUUCGUGGUGGGGCUAGUGGGCUACCACCUGGAGUGGUUCCUCCGCGGCGACCCCUCGCCCACGGCCGAGGAGGAGAAGAGCAUCUCGGAGCAGCGGGAGGAGCGCAAGCUGCAGGAGAUCGCGGGCAAGGACCUGACCAAGGUGGUGAGCCUGAAGGACAAGCUGGAGUUCGCCCCUCGGGCCGUGCUGAACAGGAACCGCCCGGAAAAGAGUUAAUUAAGUUGUUUGGGCAAAUACGGUGCCCUGGAGCGACUGUCCUCGGGGCUGGGGCUGGCCGCUGGAGGGCUGUGUCCCACAGCGCCAUGCUGGGGAUUCCCCUGUCACCUGCACAUCUUCCACCAGCCCAGGCACCAGGCUGGUGGAAUACGCUACCUGGGCAAUACGCUGUGCCCACUGCUGCUCUUCACCCUGCCGGGGCCCUCCGGAGAGUCAGAGUUUGGCCACCCCACGGAUUCGCUUGAGCCACAGCGCCCAAACCUCCUCCUUUGUGUCGGAGCGGGAGGGACCCAUGCUUUGGAGGUGGAGCAUGCCUGAAACUCAGCAGCUCUCAGCCUUUCCUGGUCCCUGAUCCACAAAACCCUCUUGGCCUGGUUCCACCCGUGUCUCUUUAGGUUUGGUGUGAAGAUAGAAGAAACUUGGACCUGAGUGACAUGGGGUCGGGGUCAGGCUAACUGCGUGUGGCAGGAGGAUCUGCUGUCCUGCUUACAGCUCUCCUGUGGCUCCUCGUGAACCCCGACCACAGCACCACGGUACCACGUUACCCCCCAUGGGAGCCUGAGCAGCGGUGGAGAUCUCUGGGGAACCCCUCUCUGCAUCGUCCCCAGGCUUCGCAGCGAGGAAGGGGGACAGGGGGAAGUGGAAGUCCUGCCCCUGCUUCCAUUGUGGAGCUCUGAGCAUGGCAGUGGCUUUGGGCUGGCAUGUAGAGAAUGGGGAGAUCUCUGCCCUGUACAGGAACAGCCAGAAUAAACUUCUGUCAGUC